CGCCCUUUUCGGCUAUCCACGCCUUCUUCUAACUUCUCGUACUUUAAACCCUCUCUCUCUCUCUCUCUAUCUCUUCAUCUUCCUCCAUAGCCAGCCGCUCUCGCACCUCCGCCAGUUCGCCGCACGCCGCCGCCGCCGCCGCCCGAAACCCUUAUCCCGCUUGAGCUCGACCCGCCUCUGGCGAUGGACCCGAACCCGAAGACCCACCCGGUCCUCUCCUACGUCAUGGCCCGCCUCCCCUCCAUGGGCCCCCGCUUCACCCCUCCUUCCCCCGCCGCCUCCGCCGGCCCCUCCGACGCCGCCUUCUCCGCCAUCGACAUCGAGCAGCCCCUCCCGCUCCCCGCCGCCGCCCCCGAUCCCUCGUGGUCCGCGUCCUCCUCCUCGUCGCCAUCGCGGCCGCCCCAGAUCACCGACCAGAUGCCCCACCUCGCCCACCCCAAGCUCCUGGCCUCCAUGGCCAACGCCGUCACCGACGUCGCCCAGACCCGAUCCGUGCUCCGGACCCUGGGCGAACGCCCCGACCACGAGGUCGUCGACAAUGCCCGGGCCAAGCUGGCCGGCGUCGAGGCCACCCUGUCGAAGAAGCUCGAGGAGAUCGUGCUCUCCCAGCGGCCGCCCGAGGUGGAGCGGCUCGAGUGGCGGGCGCUCCUCGCGGAGAAGGAGCGGGAGUGCCGCGAGGCCGCGGAGAGGGAGAAGCGCGCGUACCGGGCGGUGAUCUCGCUCGACGAGAUGCACGAGGCGUACGCGAGGAUGCUGAGGGAGGCGGAGGAGAGGCUGGUCAGGAUGUACGAUUCCUCCUCCGUCGUCGCCGGGGAGGACGACGGGAAGUGCGACGUGGGCGUCGGGGAGGAGGUGAACGAAGAGGUGGUGGGGAUAUUGCAGGAGGGGACGGGGAACGGGAACGGGGGCUUGGACCGGGUUGAUUUGUCGGGGAGGAGGUUGCGGAUCUUGCCGGAGGCGUUCGGGCAGAUUGUUGGAUUGGUCGUGCUCAAUUUGUCAAAUAAUCAGCUCGAGACCAUUCCUGACUCCAUAGCUGGGUUAGCAAAUCUGGAGGAGCUUAAUGCUUCCUCAAAUCUCUUGGAGUCUCUGCCAGACUCAAUUGGACUGCUGCAGAAGCUUAAAAUUCUCAACGUAUCAAGCAACAAACUCACUUCCUUACCAGACAGUAUCUGUCACUGCAGAUCAUUUGUUGAGCUGGAUGUGAGUUUCAACAAUCUCACUUACUUGCCGACCAACAUUGGUUAUGAGUUGCCCAAUCUACAGAGGCUUUCUAUCCAAUAUAACAAGAUCCGUUCGUUACCAACUUCUGUCUGUGAAAUGUACUCUUUGCGGCAUUUGGAUGCUCACUUCAACGAGCUUCGUGGACUGCCAGCUGCUAUUGGGAAACUGACAAACCUUGAGUAUCUUAAUCUGAGCAGUAAUUUUAGUGACCUGACAGAACUUCCUGACACGUUUGGGGACUUGAUAAACCUCAAGGAGCUUGAUCUAAGCAACAACCAGAUUCAUGCUCUUCCGGACACCUUUGGUCGGCUUGACAACUUGGCCAAGCUUAAUCUGGAAGAGAAUCCCCUAGUAAUACCCCCGGUGGAAGUUGUCAAACAGGGGAUCGAAGCUGUGAAGGUAUUCAUGGCUAAGAGAUGGCUUGACAUACUGAUGGAGGAAGAGAGGAGGAGCAUGCUUGAAGUGAAAGAACCGGCACAAACUGGUUGGUUGACACGCAGCACCUCUUGGAUGAAUAACUUUGUCUCGGGUGUUUCGGGGGGCGUUUCUGGAUAUCUGAGCUCCCCCAGGACUCCAAGGGACCCCUAUCUUGAUCAGCAACUAUGAUUAGGGGGAUUGAAAAAUUCCUCUUGAGUUGUGCGCCUUCUUGUGAUGGCAUUGACAUCUGAUGAAAGAGUGAAAUGGUCAGAUGUAAGCUGCAGAUCAUUCUAAUAACUCUAAGCUUUAGAAAUGGAUAAAGGUCAGAAGUUUUGCUUUCCUUGGGUUAUGCAGAAAACAAAUGGUCGCAAACAGCCGCUGCAUGAUUCGAUUUGCAUGUUCUUGUUUCAUUGAUGUAAAUCGAAGUCGCCAGGAAGUUUCAGGCUGCUUUAGUUCUGAUACUUUUCUUUUUGUUUUUUUUGUUUUUUGUCUUUUUUUUUCACAUAAGAGUGAGUCUUUUGUAAUGAAAUUUUCACUGAUGGCUGAUGACCUCUACUGUUUUUUGGGGUUUCUCGAUUUUGUAUUUCAGAUUGUUCCUGAUUUUCUUAAGGAACACAAGCGAUGGUGGUCGGUGAAA